CCAAUUAAUGAUGAUUUGAUUUGUUUUAGCACACUAGAAGGACAACACAUGGCAACACAGAAUUGCAGACCUUCGUUGUUAAUAUGCUGUGUGCUUCUGAUUGCUUUAUUGGCCGGAGGUGAAAGUCUCGCACCAAGAAUAAACAAGGAAAACUGUACGUACGCAGUUACAAUUGAAACAACAUGCACAAAGGGUGCCGAAACCUCAAACCACAUAAGGCUGAGAUUUGGUGACACAAACUCUAAUGACAUUGUGGUUCACCACCUAAACUCCAAGCACAUAAGAAGGGUGGAUCCGAUAGCGCCUGACGUCCUUGACGAUGUUCCCAGAAAACCAUUUCAAGCUUGCGUGGUGGAUGAGUUCCAAAUGAAGGGCCAAUGUGUCGACUCCCCGGUCUGCUACCUCUACCUCAAACUGUCUGGAACUGAUGAUUGGAGACCUGGUUUUGCACAAGUCCAUGUUUUGGAGGGGUCUCACUCCCAUCUCAGCUCGAAUUACUUCUACUUCCGCAGGUACUUGCCGCGCCAUGUGUGGCAUGGUUUGGAUGUGUGUGAUAAAGAGGUCACUCCAUUUGGGAUCAAACACAAGAGGAAAGUGUUUGCUAAAUAGCCAGUCAUGAAAAAAUUGGCUUGAACGCCAUGAUAUAAUUCAUCCUUAGUUACUUGUAUCAAACUUUUUCUCUCAACUUUUUUGUUGUUAUACCAUAUCAUAAAUACUGAGUAUUCAGAGAAUAACGAAGUUGUGGAAUUAACCCAUAUUUGUGAGAUAAAAGAAGAAGGGUACAGUAGCAUUGACAUUAGGGUCAACUGUCACUAAUAUAAAUAAUUUUAAUUGCAAUAGGGGGUCUUUUAGUUUUAA